AUGUCAUCCGCAGAACUAAUCCACCUCUUCCCGAGCGCGACGCACCCCGCCCUCCCCGUCGCGUCCUCGAUCCUAUCCACCCUCCGCGCCCUAACCGCCCCGGGAAAAGGUAACGACCUGCGCGCCGAGGAACGCGCGGCAUUGGUCGGCGUAAGCGCUUUGUUGGCGUGUGAGCGCAUCAAGAUGGACCCCCUGUCGCCGUUUAUGACGCCACGCAAAAAGUUCGUCGCGACGAGCUCGCAUGAUCUCUCUGGACUGCUUUCGCCGCACAAACAUUCUCCGGUGGCCAGUUCCCCUUUGCGUCCAACGACCACCCCCAGGAAGAGGCAGGUCGAGGAGGAUGGAGCGACGCCCAAACGCGCGAGGGUGGACGAGGACGCGGUGACGCCCAAACACGUGAGGAUGGCAGAAGACGAACACAUUAUUGGCGACCCGCAGACCCCAAGCCGGCGGAGCGCGCGGGCGGCAGCCAAGAUGCGGGAACGGGAGGGCGUGGCGGCGUUCCUUGCAAUGCGGCCUGGUCAAUCGCUUCAAGUGGUUGAGGAGGAGGAGGAGGCGGAGCAGGAGCAGCAAGAAGGAGCACGUCUCGCAAGGCGCGACCUCGAAGCCGAGAUUGAUGAUGUGCUUGGCCGGCGAGUGCGUCGUCGUCUCAGACCAAGGCGCGAUUGGACCUUUCGCGAAGCGGUGUGGUCCCCCAACAGGGAGGAGAUGGAACAGAUGCUCGCAUCGGUCCAGGUCAAGGAUAAGGGCAAGGCGAAAGCGGGCGACUUUGCCAGACAAAUAUCGGACAUGGUUGUAACAUAG